AUGGGUGAGAAAGCCGCCCGGCGCGGCGCUGGCGCUCCGUUCUACGCGCCGCCUCGUCGUAAAACAUCCGCGGAGAUCAUCAGCGAGGCUCGCGCUGCUAUCACUGCAGAAAUGAACAAUAUUACGAGCGGGUCAGGGCUGAGCGCUCUCCGCCCGCUGCGUACGCGCCGCCCGUUCACACCGCGCGACCCGCAACGCACACUCUUCACUGAACGCACGCGCAAGAAGGACACCCGGCCCCCUAGCGCGUUUGACCUCAAAUACCUUACUCUGGAUGAGAGCAACGAAGAAGCUUUCAUUUCGUCCAGCGUACAUCAUGGUAGUCUAGAUGAAGAUGACGCUGGAGACGAUCUUUUUGCUGAAAAUCAACCGAGUGUUAAAAAGAAAGCAGUACGAACUCGACCAACACAAGAUCGAUCAGGUGACGGAUGGAGCGGAUUUCCCAAGCUGCCUCACCUUAGCGGUAGAAGUAAACCCUUACAUAGAAGAAACACAGCAGGACAAUCAGGCGAUGCAUCCAGUCCUGAUAUUACUAUUAAAAGAAGCCAAAUUUUGUCUUCAAAAUCAUUGUCGUGUGAUUUAGAUACUGGUCUUGGAGAGGUCACUGUUAAGCAUCUAGCAGUACAAUUACCAAAUCCUUCAAAUGAUGACUACGAUAACAUGACAGUGUUGGAGUUAGCUGAAGCGCUCUCGAGUAAAAGUCGGAAUUCGGAACAUAUUCUAGUUCUGAUGCAAGCUCUUCAGAGUAAUAUUGCAAAACAUUCACCAGGCAACAGUCUUCGAGAACUAGUACUUCAUUCUUUAUAUAAGCAUAUAGACAGCGAAGACGAAAGGGUAUUGGUGGCUAUAGCCAGGGCGAUGCUUACGAUGCGUGUUACUGGAGUACAUUUGGCGGCAGCCUGCAAGUUGAUAUUUAAAAUUUCAAGAAACGACAAGAACGAUCAUUUCUUCAGGAAUAGUGAUCUUCUCGACUUAGUAGUAGAAGGCUGCGGUCGAAUAGAUCCAGUUACUGAAAGCGAGUGCUGCGUGUACGCGGCGGGGGCGUUGCGUUUUCUGGCGCUGGAGCCGCGACUGUGUGCGUUAGCGCACCGCGCCGGGGCACUGCACCUAACUGCGCUACAUCUUAAGAUUCUAAACAAUGCGAAAGCGGAGAGACCCCGCCAAGUAUCGGAGCAGGCAACUCACGCUCUGUAUCAAGUGACGGGCGCGCUGCGUAACCUGGCGGGGAGCGGGGAGGGUGCGGACGGCGGGGCGGGCGGGGAGCGCGGGGAGUGGGGUCGCGCGUUCGCGGCGUGCGGCGCGCUCAGCGAGCUGCUCGCCGCGCUCACGCUGCACACUGACAGAGACGUCCUCACCAACGUUGCGAGGUGCCUUAGUGUCCUGUCAGCAGACGAAACAUGCUGCGCGUGGUUGUGCGCCUCGCCCGCGAGCGCGCGCGCGCUGCUGACGGCGCUGGCGGCGUGCGCGUCGCGGGCGCCGCUCGCGGUGCGGCUGGCCUACACACUCGGGAACAUGGCCGCCGCGGACGAACAGGCCAGGAUCAAUAUCUACAAUGAAGAAGGCGGUGUAGAUGUUCUUCUCACGAUACUGGAGUCGUACACGCAGAGAAACGAAAAUGAAACGAGAGAAUCCGAUUCUGAUCCUGAUCGACAUUUAGUUGGCUCCGACCUCGGUGGAUCCGACGGCUCUAAUGAGGAUGUUCUUAUUAAAACAGUACGGAUAAUGGCGAAUUUGUGUCUCGCUGAACUCGCUGGAAGAGGCUUGGCAGCUAACCAUGCUGAAAGAACAGUGCGGGCUCUUCUGUCAUGUCUCGACUUAGCUGAGAAACCAUCGGACAGUAAGAUAAACGAUUUGUCAGAAAAAGAACGCAAUGCUUGGUUAGAAAGACGUGAAGAACUAGCAAUGGCAGUAUUGGCGACGCUUAACAACAUCACUUUCUAUCUCGAACCUUCUGCUGCGAGUCAACAAAACCAUACCCUAGAACUUAUGUGUAAAGCAACGUGUCGUUGGAUACGUGGCAGCGGAGCGGCCGCCUGCGAGGCGGUCCGCGCGCUCGGGAACCUCUCCCGCUCCGCGCACGCCGCGCAGCUCAUCGUGCUAGAGGGCGCUCUCACUGCUCUCCCACCGUUCCAGCAACACGAGGAUUCGAGCGUGCGGUGCGCGGCGGCGGGCGUGCUCGUGAACGUGUGCGGGGCGGGCGGCGCGGGCGGCGCGGGGGAGGCGGCGCGCGCGUUGUGCUCGGCGGCGCACGCGCGCGACGUGCCGGCCGCCGCGCUGCUCGCGCGCGCGCUGUGGAACGCGCACGCGCACCGCCCGCUCGAGCCGGGGCCCGCGCAUCAGGUGGCCGCGGCUCUCGCCUUGUUUAUUGACGACGAAUCAGUCUUCACAGCGUGUGAAGCGUCGAAACUCGGCGAUAGACGCGCAAGCGAUCCACAGAUUUCGAAACACCAUCAGGUGAAGUUCGAGCUGGAUAAUAAUAAUCAUCAAUCAAACAAGCCUUUCGAGCUCGACGUGCCGAAGCCUCUAACAGCUAAAGCGUUCAGCGUUGAAGAGGAUUUGCAUUUGGAUCAAGAUUACGACGAUGAAGGCGAACGACAUUCAGGAGAAGAUUUAGGUUUCGAAGAAGGGGAGAUAGAAGAAUGUGAUUGUGGCCCAUGUCGCAGACUGGCCGCGUGGGAAGAGCUAGUAGGGGUCGCUAUACCGCUCUUAGAGAAACUGCGCCCCCCCAGAGCCGACGCGUCCGUAGGCACAGAUUAA